AGAGCUCUGGCUCGAAGAGUGGAACAAUCCACCUCGAGCUUGGCUCAGUCGUCCCCCUUUUACGGUAGUGCCUGCUCGCUUUCGCUGCACGGGUACUCGUGUGGCCAGCUGGACGAGCCGAUGGACAUUCUGUCGCCGCAUGGGGAGGAGACCACCUCGGUCCAGGCUCUCCGGAAGGCGCUCCUCUCGCUGGGCAGUGACCGCAGCGAGGCCGACUUCCCGACCGACGGCGGCUUCAGCGAGAGGGUGCCUCUCAAGGUUUUAAUCCUGACGCAGGCGACUCACCGUCUUUUCGAGGCCUUGGAGGACGGGCCCACGAAGGUUCCGGCCAAGAGAAAGCAGGUUGUCAGUGGCCCGUGGGUGCCGGCGGAGGACGUCGUGAAGGCUGGCGGUGCCACAGGCAAACCUGCCCCAUUUCCCUCGAUCAGCAGGACCGAGCAUCGUGCUCAGCAUGCGCAGCUCGGAGACGCCCGCGGCCGCCAGGG